GAAGAUCUUUUCCUAAUUCCGGCUCGAGCAUAUUUGAACCCACUUCGAUCUUCCAGAAGUGUUCGCCCAAAUCGUUCCUCUCACAACUCGUUGGUCAAGAAAUGUAAAAGCAGCAGCAGUUUUGAUCUUAUUACCUUCCUCCCAAGCACCACCAUGAAGCUCCUUCUCAACUUCAUCGUCUUGUCCCUGUCGGCAGUGUCAUUGGCUGCUGCUUCUGCCGCCGAGCCUGGCCUUCGUCGUCGCCGUCGUGACCAAAUGACCACGGUGCUGACCGAGCCCGACAGUGCGGAUGAAGGUCCUGUCUUUGGUGGCAAGGUCACGGUCAAGUUUACCAACGAGGCCUUUCAGCAACCUUUUGGUCCCUUCUUUGUCUUGACUCAUAACACCGACGAGACGCCCUUAUUCACGGUUGGAGACGAAGCCUCCGCCGGGUUGAAACAUUUAGCAGAGAACGGUGACCCCAGCAUGCUUAUCGAGGCUUACAACAAUUCCGCUCAUGCUGGAUACGUCGAUGCUAUCGUUGCUGGAGUCCCCUUUUUCGGUGGGGAUUCUCUCGAACUCACGGUCCCCUACGAUGAAGAUUUUCCCUACAUCAGCGUGGUCAGCAUGGCCAUCAACACCAAUGAUUGCUUUGUGGGAUUGAGCGGUGUCCCGCUCGCGCCUGGAUUGGUUGUGGAGGCUCCUGGAUACGACAGUGGAACGGAAGAAAACAAUGAACUAUGCAGUAGCAUUCCUGGACCCGCUUGUGCGGGCGUUUCGUCAGACAAUGAAGCCAGUGGCAAUGGGGAAGGGUUUGUUCAUGUGCACCGAGGAUUCUUCGGGGUUGGCGACCUUUCUCAGUCCGGGUACGACUGGCGGAAUCCAAUGAUGAAGGUGGAGAUGAGUUUGUAAGCAUGCGCACGACAUUGUUGGGAAGAAGAUGGAGUCGAGUCCAUCCAUCAAUUGAGAGAUAGGCUGCUGGGGUCCGUAUCCGCUCUCUAGACUACCUGUGAAACGAGUGACAUGAUAUCCUGGCUGACGAGGGGCAUGAGACUGUUUGCGUGAGUGUAUCAUUACAUUGAAUCAGUCAGUGAGUCCAUGAAUAGAUAGCUUCCUAGAACUAACAAAAGUAUAGGGUACAGCCAU